GUACUUCAGCAAAGGAAAUGCCGUCGCUUGUUGUGGGAGAUCAAAUAGCGGCGGGCACGGGGGGGAUUAAUCAGGCCUUGGCUGAGGGGAGGGGAUGGUCCGAUGAGGAUGUGUUGGCUUACGCUAAAACCAUUGGAGACAACCAUCCUAUGUUUGCAGAGACUCUAGAGGAAAUGGACCCUGCCAUGGUCGACGCCAUCCAAGCCAUCAAGUUGGGCGGGAAGAACGCGAAACAGCUGGCUCUGCAGGCGAAAAGUCACGGAAACGAACUCUUCGGAUGGGGCAAAAAGAACCCCGCGCAAUACAGUAAUUGCCUGCCCUCGUACGACGAAGCGGAGAAGUACGCCCUCGCCGUGCCCCUCCUACCAGAGCCGUCGCAGGCGUCGGGAGGGGAGGAAACACCCGCCCAUAACGCCAGACACGGUCAAGAGGAGGAAGAGGACUGCCUCUCCAAAGCGGAGCAGGCCGUGCUCCUAUCCCAGAUCUACGCCAACCGGGCCAUGGCCCAUCUCAUGUUGAAGAACUACCGGUCCUGCCAACAGGAUUGCACCCGAGCCCUUGCCCGCCUCCCUUCCAACGUGAAGGCCCACUACCGGCUUGCGCGGGCCUGUUUUGCCCUAGGACAAUACCCGGAGGCGAUCAAAGCGUGCAUGGCCGGUCUGGACCAGUGCCCUGCCUCCCGCCCUCCUUCCCGCACGGAGGGAGGGAAAGAGGGGGCGGAGGAGACGGGACAAAAUCCUUCGACCGCCUCCCCCCCCUCCCCUCCUCCCUCCCUUCCUCCCGCCCUCUCUGGUCCACCCGAGGACCCGAACCGCGCCCUCCUCCUUGCCCUUCGCGGGCAAGCCGUCCGACGCCUGAAGCUUCGGUUGAACGAUCAGAAAAAGCGGGCCCUGGCGCAGGCAGAAAGGAGGGCGGGACGGAGGAAGGCGUUGCGGGCGGCCUGGACCAUGUGCCAGGCGCGAGGGGUCCGGAUCGGUCGACCUCCAUGGUGCGAGGAGGCCCAGGGUGGGGGCGAGGCGCGGAGGCGGGCAGAGGCCUUGCCAUGGGAGGAGGCAGGGGCGGGAGGGCCUCAGGUUGGGGUGUGGUCCUUGCUGUUGCUCUACCCCGACCAAGAACAACGGAUGGUCUCAACUUCUACAUAA